AACCAUAAUUACAUACAAUAUCAGCAUAAAUCAUUAGUUUCUAAUUUUAGCCACUAAUUAAACUUUUAGUUUUAAUAGACCAAUAUUUGAUUAUUCAUAAUCAUUAUGGGUGUUACAACUUUUACUGAAGAAAUUACUUCCCCUGUAACACCAAUUCGUUUAUUUAAGGCUUUAAUUGUGGAUUCAAAAUCCUUAAUACCAAAAUUAUUGCCUCAAUUUGUUGAAAAUGUUGUUUUAUUACAAGGAGAUGGUGGAGCUGGAAGUAUUGAACAAGUAAACUUCACAAAAGGUAAUCCUUUUGAGUUUGUGAAACAUAGAAUAGAUGAACUAGAUAAAGAAAAUAUGGUGUGCAAAUACACAAUGAUUGAAGGGGAUCCAUUGGGACAAAAUCUUGAUUUUAUUUCUCAUGAAAUAAAAAUUGAAGAAUCCAAAAUUAAUAUUGGAGGAUGCAUUUGCAAAAUGACAACAAAUUAUCAUGGAAUUGGUGAUUUUUUUGCCAAAGAAGAAGAUAUUAAAGAUGGAAAAGAUAGUGCUAUGGGAAUUUAUAAAACUGUUGAAGCCUACCUAAUUCAAAAUCCAAAUCUUUAUGCUUAGUUUAUUAAUUAACUAAUUAAAAUUGUUUCAUGUUAAUUAAAAUGAAGCCUAUAUGGUUUGGUUCUUUUUUUUAAUAAAUAUUUUUGUUGUUGUUGUUGAAGAUGUAUAGCAUUUCAACCAUGCUAUAAAAAAUUGUAUUCAAUUGAUGUAAGUUAAAUGUUUAUGUUGCACUAAUUUAGUUCCAUACACUUUUUAAUAAAGGACAAUAUUGUCUGAUUUGAGCC